AACGACUCAAAAAAACGCGAGACCUGCUACCCAACUAACAGACUGACACACAGUGCACACAUUCUCUCGCGAGAAACGAUGCAUCGUCCAAAGAAGGCCGCGGCUGUUCUCGCCGACGAAAAUACUGUGACCCCUAAACGAACCCUACCCGGCAGACUCUAUAGCAGUGCUGGCCCUGAUACACUCUCGAAGCUUGUCAAGCCCUUUAAAACACCUGGAUCUGCCCCAUCGAUACGGAAGACAGUGCUGCCUCCUCGCAAACGACGCAAAGUUGGCUCUUACGCUGGCGCUGAUGGCGGCGAGGAUGACGGGGAGUUUGUCAAGGAUGAGGAGAAGAGAAUUGUUUUGGGCAAUUUGGAUGUGAUGAAGAAUUUCCCCGUGUUUAAAGCAAGAGACAAGGACGCUGUGUUCAGACAGCGAUUUGCCGUGCCGCUCGUUAACAAGAAUGCUGGUACAUGGAAUCCGUUUAGACCCGCUCCGGCGUUGGGGAUGAGGAAGAGCGUCAAUUUUAUCGCCAAACCGCUACAUGACCCUAGCGGCGAGUUUGCGAUCGUCCUUUAUGACCCCACGAUCGAUGACAAGAAGGUUGAGAUCACUGAAGAGAAUGGUGAGGUGAAGAUUGAGGAGAAGCCUGUUCCGGGUAUGCACAAGAGCUUGGCCGAGAUACUGGGUUUGAACAAGGGGGAUAAGGAUCAGGUUCCCAAAGUUCCGGUGGUCAUUGAUCCAAGGUUGUCAAAGGUUUUGAGGCCUCAUCAGGUUGAGGGUGUCAAGGUAUGCUUGGGGCUGUUGUGCUGCGCCCCUCGAGCGGAUGCUGACAUUUUUACUUCCAUAGUUCAUGUAUAGAUGCGUUACAGGUAUGACGGACGCUGCAGCAAGUGGGUGUAUUAUGGCGGACGAGAUGGGCCUGGGCAAGACGGUAAGAUAUUAGAGAUUAGAGGUGCGGCUUUGUGCUAAUUCAUUCGAUAGCUCCAAUGUAUCGCCUUGAUGUGGACUCUACUUAAGCAAUCACCCGAACCCGGGAAACCCACAAUACAGAAAUGCGUAGUUGUCUGUCCGUCAUCAUUGGUCGGCAAUUGGGAGAGUGAGCUGGUGAAGUGGCUCGGUAAGGAUGCGAUCAAUCCCUUUGCGAUUGACGGUAAGGUUUCAAAGGCGGAACUUAAAGCUCAGCUCAAACAAUGGGCUAUAUCCAGCGGCAGAAGCGUUGUUCGACCCGUACUGAUCGUCAGUUAUGAAUCCCUACGUCUACACGUUUCUGAUCUCGCCAGCAUACCGAUUGGGCUUUUACUCGCCGAUGAGGGGCACAGAUUGAAAAAUCGAGACAAUCAAACAUAUAAAGCAUUGAUGACUUUGAAUGUUGAUCGACGAGUGAUCUUGUCUGGAACUCCUAUCCAGGUUAGUCACGUCUAUUAUUUCGGCGACCGAGUAUAAUAAACUGAAGGUGUUCUGCAGAAUGAUCUUUCGGAAUACUUUUCCCUUCUAAACUUCGCAAACCCUAAUUUCUUGGGCACGCACAAUGAAUUCAGGAAGCAAUAUGAAAUUCCUAUUCUUCGUGGUCGUGAUGCAGAUGGUUCCGAAGAAGAUCGUAAGAAAGGAGACGAACGACUUGCAGAGCUUCUCCAGUUGGUGACUAAGUUCAUCAUUCGGCGUACCAAUGAUCUCCUGUCGAAGUACCUGCCCGUCAAGUACGAGCACGUCGUAUUCUGCAAGUUAUCACCCUUCCAGACGGAUCUUUACAAUUAUUUUAUCACGUCUCCGGAUAUUAAAUCCAUCUUGAGGGGCAAAGGAUCCCAGCCUCUGAAAGCUAUCGGGCUGCUCAAAAAAUUAUGCAAUCACCCCGAUUUGCUCAACCUCUCAGAGGACUUGCCUGGAUGCGAGGAUCUGUACCCUGAUGAUUACGUUCCGAAAGACGCCCGAGGAAGAGACAGGGAAGUCAAAGUUUGGUAUUCCGGCAAGAUGAUGGUACUGGACAGGAUGUUGGCAAGAAUCCAGCGGGAGACAAAGGAUAAGAUCGUUCUCAUCAGUAAUUACACGCAAACCCUAGAUGUAUUUGAAAAACUCUGUCGGUCAAGAGGGUGGGUCACCAUUCAUGCCACAUCUUUCUGCCAAAUAGUUACUAACACCUCCCACAGCUACGGUGCCCUAAGACUCGAUGGCACAAUGAACGUCUCCAAGCGUACGAAGCUAGUGGCCAAGUUUAACGACCCCGAAGGCGAAGAGUUUGUCUUCCUUCUUAGUAGUAAAGCCGGCGGCUGUGGCAUCAAUCUCAUCGGUGCGAACCGGCUUGUCCUCUUCGAUCCGGACUGGAACCCAGCCGCGGACCAGCAAGCCUUAGCGCGAGUCUGGCGUGAUGGACAGAAAAAGGACUGUUUCGUCUACCGCUUCAUUGCCACAGGAACAAUCGAGGAGAAAAUCUUUCAGCGCCAAUCACACAAGCAGUCGCUCUCCACGUCCGUCGUUGACGGCGUCGAAGACGUGGAAAGACAUUUCGGCCUGGACGGGUUAAAGCAGUUGUUCCGGUUCCAGCCAAACACUAAUAGCGAUACGCAUGACACUUUCAAGUGCAAGAGGUGUAAAGAUUGGAGACAAGUCGUGAAAGCGCCCGCUAUGCUGUAUGGCGAUACGAGCACUUGGAAUCAUAUGUCCGAUGAGCCGAAUGGGGGGCUGGAUAAGAUUCAGGAUUUGUUGCUCAGACAGGAGAGUGAGCAGGGGGUUGUUACUUGCUGCUUUCAAUAUAUUUCACAUGUGAGUUUUCUCCCUCUCCCACUCGUGGCCCCGAGAAUACUAACGAGCCCCGUAGUAAUUUGGUUUACGAAUCGGGGGUUUUGUUUUGUAUUAUGGUUGGCUGCUUGCUUGGCUUGGUAGAAAGUUGUUGUUUUAUACGGGCGCAGGUUUGGGUGGUGCAUUGUUUUUAUUAUUAUUUGUUAGAGCUAGAUUACAUUGGGUAAUGAAUGA